GCGGUGGCCUGGGCCCCGGCGGGGGCGGGCUCCUCAAUGGACCCGGCGGGGCGGAGCCGGAGAGGCCAGGGCGGGCCGGGGCCGCGGCCGAGACUAGAGCCAGGGGCGGGACCAGCCGCCGCCGUCUCCGUCUCGGUGUUCCGUCCCCCACAGCGCCCGGCAGUAGCCGCGGGAGAAGCGGAAACUGCCGGGUGUGCCCCGUUUGGAGCCGAGCCGGCCGAGAGCGCGCCGAGGAGCUGCAGGGCGGCCUCCCUCCGGCCCCCGCAGUCCCGCAACCCGUCCCCGCCCCGGCUCCGCCCGAGCUCGCUGCGGACCCCCGGACCGGCCCCCGCGGCCCGAGCGAGCCCACCUUAGCCCAUCCGCGCCCACCUGAGGCUGCGCCAUGGCG